GAUUACUUUUCCACCACGUAACAAUAUUCAUCCGACACGUUUCCCCACAAAUAACCAGCGUUUCUCAUCACUAGUCCGAAUAUGUGGAACAAAUCGCGAAUGUGUUAUUGUACGCGUUAAGAGCGAAGUGCCCUAGGUAGGAGACACAGCAGAUUGGAACAGCGCCACGUUUUGGUGACGUCAUCGUCACUUCCGGCUUUAGCGGCCAUUAGCGGGAUGCGAAGCGCCAAACUCGAAAUCUGCCGUUGACACGUAAAAUCGGUUGCCUUAAAGUUGACCCAGAAAUACUACCGUAUAUAAAUUAUUGUUUGGGUUAGUUUGAUGCAAAGCAGAAAUGACAGAAUUGCUUUUUAACGAGACGCUGCAGGUGCACGUGAAGUGUAAAGACUGCGAUGACAGGCGAGCAGUUAUCAGAGUCAGUAUUGAACUGCAGCUUAUUUCAAACCCCAUCCACAGACGGGAUUUGGUUGUGAGACUAACUGACGAUGCUGACCUCUACUUCCUGUAUAACCUUCUCAUAUCAGAGGAAGAUUUUCAAAGCCUAAAAGUCCAACAGGGUCUCCUGAUAGAUUUCACCGCUUUCCCUCAGAAGUUCAUAGACCUGUUAGAAAAGUGCAUCUCUGAGCAGAGCAAAGAAUAUCCAAGGUUCUUGCUGCAGCUUUCCUCUCCAUCAUCUGCUUUAAACCAAGGCUCUGCUAAUCUGAACAUUGUGGAGACCAACGCCUUCAAGCACCUCACACAUCUGUCUCUCAAACUGCUCCCUGGCUCAGAUGUGGAAAUAAAGAAAUAUCUGGCUACAUGCUUGGCCAGCAUGAAGGAGGAAAAGGAGCAACUCCAGCAAAAACUACAGAAGACCGAAGAGGAUCUGUCUAGGCAAUUAAACUAUGCACAGCAGACGUUGUCUGAGAAGAGCCGGGAGCUGGAGAAACUGCGCUCUGAAUGGACUUCACAAACAACAACUUUGUCGAGCAGACAUACACAAGACCUCACAACAGAACGUGAAAAAGCUAUGGAGAUCCAGACGAGGCUGCAGCAGCAGAAUGACCAGCUGAGACGUGAGCUAGAGGCGACUCAUCAGCGCAGCACACAACAGCUUCAAACGCGACUCUCUGAACUGGAGACUUCCAACAGAGAGCUCACAGAGAAAAAGUACAAAAGCGACUCCACCAUCCGAGACCUGAAAGCCAAACUGCUCGGCCUAGAGGAGGAGUCUCAAAGGAUGAAGCAGCAGGUGACGUCUCUCCGGAGAGAAAACAGCACCCUCGAUACAGAAUGUCAUGAAAAAGAGCGACUAAUGAAUCAGCUGCAGACUCGAGUAGCCGUGCUUGAGCAGGAGAUGAAAGACAAAGAUCAGCUCAUACUCCGAACCAAAGAGGUGCUUGAAGCCACACAGCAGCAAAAGACCUCUGCUGAAGAAACUGCUGAGAGUAAACAGCUGCAAGUCGGCAAGUUGGAGUCAACAGUGAAGUCCUUAUCUGAGGAGCUCAUCAAGGCAAACGGCAUCAUUAAAAAGCUGCAAGGUGAUCUGAAGGCUCUGGUGGGGAAGAUUAAGGUGAAGAACACGGUGACUGUCUCUCAGGAAAAAGUGCUACAGGAGACAACAGAAAGACUGCAAAAGGAGCAGAGGGAGCUGCAGGACACACAGCACAGAUUGAGGCUCAAAGAGGAGGAGGUAUUGAAGUUACAGGAGCGGUUGGAGGCCACUGUUAAAAAUUUGGACGAGAGCAAAGAAGUGAUGAAAACUAACGAAAACGUGAUCACGUGGCUCAAUAAGCAGCUGAAUGAAAACCAGCUGUCCAGGAAGCAGGACACUGUUGGUGUAUUUGAGACACCACAGCCUGGGGCUGGACUGAGACAUGCACCUGCUUCUCACAACAUGCUUGAUAGUAAGACUUUCUCCUCCCUGGGCCAGCCAUAUCCUGUCACCUCCACUUUAAACUCCAAGCACUCGUUCCCUCUGUCGUGUGUGAGUGCCGGGCCACGUUCUAUCCUCACUUUACACAAUCCCAACUCGGGACCAAAGGUCCAGUUUAACCCCAUGAGUGCCAAAGCCAUCACGUCUCCAGUGGAAGGGAGUGGAAACCCAACAGCACUACAGUCAUCCUCUAAUAAGGAGAACGGGGAGCCACUCGGGUUGGACUCAAAAUACUUUGAGAGGCGAGAUGAGAGCAUCCCUCUGCGUGGCCUGGUACCCAGCAUGCACUUGAACAAAGAAAUCUCUAAGCCCUCCUUGAACAUGGUCACUGCAAAACCUGUAGCUCCGUCAGCAUAUUUCCCUGGAUGACAAACUUUAUUCUUUUUCCAGCUGUGAAAGGAGCAUCAACAUUCAGGACCUUCUACACACCUCCAUGUCAUGUUACGUCUAUUAUGCUUGUCAUAUAAUUUAUUAAACACUGUUUUAACCGCUUA